AUGUUUCACCAAGUGGGAAUCCGAGUCGAGGAUCAACAGUGCCAGCGGUUUCUAUGGUGGAACGAAAAGGGAGAAAUCGUUGUUUACGUGAUGCAGGUCAUGACUUUCGGGGCCUGCUGCUCACCCAGCUGCGCGCAAUAUGUCAAAAACAUAAAUGCGGAGCGGCAUGCAGGUGAGUACCCAAAAGCAGCCGAAAUUAUCCAGAAACGGCACUACGUGGAUGAUAUGCUCGUUAGCCUGGAAACCGAGGAGGAGGCAAUACGAAUCGCAAGGGAAGUGAAGCACGUACACCAACAAGGCGGUUUUGAGAUCCGUAAUUGGAUUAGUAAUUCGCCGGCAGUCUUAAGAGCCCUCAGGGAAGAAAGAACGGACGAAAAAGAUUCGGACCUUACGCCAGAAAUCAGCACGGAGAAGGUUCUGGGCAUGUGGUGGUGCACCGCAUCUGACACCUUCACCUACAAGGUCGGGUGGAACCGCUACGAUCGCGCCCUUCUGAUGGGUCAAAUUCGCCCAACUAAACGAGUUGUUCUACGGGUGCUAAUGUCGAUGUUCGACCCUCUCGGGCUGAUCAGUCAUUUCCUUAUGUUCCUGAAGGUCCUCUUACAAGAAGUAUGGCACUCAGGGGUGCAGUGGGAUGAAGAAAUAACUGACGAUGCGUUUACGAAGUGGCAACAGUGGUUGAAGGUAUUGCCUCAGGUCGAACAAGUUAGAGUUUCCCGUUGCUACCGAUCGCUAUCCUACGACUCAGCUGAGGAAGUAGAGCUCCACGUAUUUGUUGAUGCUAGCGAAAACGGUAUCGCUGCUGUCACAUUUUUGCGAUUCAUCAAAAACAGCUCCGUCGAAUGCUCAAUAGUCGCCGCGAAGACCAGGGUAGCACCUCUAAAAUUUGUAUCGAUUCCACGUUUAGAAUUACAGGCUGCAAUCGUUGGCGCUAGGCUAUCGAGGACAAUAACGGAUGCCCUGUCCAUUGACCCAGCCAGGAAGUACUACUGGACAGACUCUCGGCACGUACUGUGUUGGAUAAACUCAGACCAUCGAUGGUACACAGAAUACGUAGCGUUCCGUGUAAGUGAGAUCUUGGAUCUUACCGAGGCAAACGAGUGGCACUGGGUGCCAUCUAAGAUGAACGUUGCAGAUGACGGUACCAAAUGGAGCUCCAAACCCGAUCUUACACCCGAAAGCAGAUGGUUUGUAGGCCCAGAUUUCCUACAGCGGCUGGAAGCGGAUUGGCCUCCACAGCUAACGAAGAGCAGAGCAACAGAAGAAGAACUUCGUCCUAACCUGAUGGCAUGUCACACCUUAUAUGAACCUACAAUAGAUACCAAAAACUUCUCUAGCUGGAAGCGUCUACUUUACGUUGCUGUCCUCGUCCUCCGCUUUCCUGUCAACUGCCGCAAAAAACUCUGCAACGAAACAACUGUCACUGGACCACCAACUACAGAAGAACUUAUAUCAGCUGAAGCCUUUCUUCUACGAUCUGCUCAACGCGAGGGCUAUCCGGAAGAGUCCGCAUAUCUAAAUAAAGCACAGAAAAACUGCAUCACAUCGAGCACAGUGCCGAAGCAGAGUAGUCUGUUCCAGCUAAUGCCUUGGUUAGAUAGCAGAGGUAUCAUGCGGAUGCGAACAAGAAUUGGAGCCUGUCACUACGCAACAGAAGACGCAAAGAAACCAAUAAUUCUUCCACGUGAUCACCCCACUAUCAACCUACUGAUUGCACACUACCAUCAACGAUUCCAUCACCAAAAUCAUGAGUCAGUAAUGAACGAAGUUCGGCAAAGGUUCAACAUUCCGCGCAUCAGUGCUGCAUACGCCAAAGUUAGGAAGAACUGCCAACGAUGCAAAAACGAUCAUGCUUCACCGAAACCGCCGAUCAUGGCUGAUCUUCCACAUCUUCUAGCCGUGUUCUCACCACCUUUCACGCAUACAGGCCUUGACUUUUUUGGACCGAUUGAGGUCUCCGUCGGAAGGCGCAUCGAAAAACGUUGGGGAAUGCUCGCUACGUGCCUAACUAUUCGUGCAAUCCAUAUUGAGGUGGUACACUCACUGAGCAGUGAUUCCUGCAUAAUGGCGAUUCGCAAUUUCAUCGCCCGCCGAGGUACGCCUAGAAGGAUCUACUCCGAUAGAGACACGAACUUCAUAGGGGCGUUACGUCAACUGGAAGAGGCCGCCACAGUGGUGAACGUGGACGAAGUGAUGAAGGAGUUCGUUACUGCCGAAACAACGUGGUCAUUUAACCCACCGCUCGCUCCACACAUGGGUGGCAGUUGGGAGCGGUUGAUAAGUAGUGUGAAGCGGAACCUUCAGAAGAUCAAACCCCCACGAAAUCCAACCGAUGAAGUUCUACGGAAUCUGUUGGUUGAGGUCGAAAACAUCAUCAACUCCAGACCACUAGCUCACGUCCCAGUUGAUGACGAUAGUGCCCCCGCUCUAACACCGAACCAUUUCCUUCUUGACUCUUCAAAUGGAAUCAAACCGUUUUCCACCAUUGACGAUAGCAACGCUGCUCUCCGGCAGAAUAUCUUAGCGUCACAAGUACUGGCCAAUCAUAUCUGGCGGCGUUGGUUAAGCGAUUACAUGCCAAAAAUCACCAAGCGAUCCAAAUGGUUCAACCGAACCGACCCAAUAACGGUUGGCGACGUCGUUGUGGUUGCCGACCCUAAGCUACCUCAGAACUGCUGGCCCAAGGGAAAAGUCAUCGAAACUCUUCCAGGGAAGGACGGCGAAGUCCGCUCUGCCACCGUAAGGACCGCCACCGGCGUCUACGUUCGAGCAGCCACGAAAUUGGCAGUUCUAGACGUUGGGCGCGAUGGAGCUAAGCCAGCCUGA